CUUAAAAAAAAAAAAAAAAAGAAAGAAAAAAAGAAAAAAAAACAAAAAAAAAAAAGAAAAGAAAAAGAAGAAAAAAAAAUCCUUUAAAAUUAAAAGCAUCUUCUAAUAAUCCAAUCAGAUAUUAACCAAAGAUACACAAGUGCUGGUAGAUAUAACAAUAAUGUUAAUAACAAUUAUGCUCUACAUAAAUAAUAUAAUAUAAAGUAUUUUUUUAUAAAGUUAUUUUUACACUUUACUUAAAAAAAAAAAAAAAAAAAAGAGAAAAAGAAAAGAAAAAAAAAAAGAAAGAAAAAAAAGAAAACUUAUGAAAUGCUAAAUAAAGAAAUAUUUUUUUUCUAAUUUUUUAUAGAUCCAAUAUUUUGUCAUAAGACAUGUUUUGUCACGUAUCGCAUGAAAUAUUUCAUAUCCUUAUAUCUAUAUAUCAUAGAAUAUGUCAAUGAAUAUUAAAUGUAAAUAAGUUCAUAGACGUGAGACCUUUACGUACAAUGUAAAUGGAGCUCACGAUCAACAAUGCUCUUUAUUAUUUCAUUCGAAGUUUACAUGUCAAUGUAAUGUGAUAUUAUUAUAUUACGAUUGAUUAUGAUCUUUCGAAGAAAACGCGGCAAUGAAAAGUUGUAGUUACGCAACGACAGGUGGCGAUAACUUCUCGUGAGAAUACCUGAUAUCUUCAAGUUUAUCAAGUGCCAGCUGCAAUCUAGAAAUUUGGUAUCCUUUGUUCUUGGGAUACUUGGUGAUCUGUAAUAAUUGUUUCCGAAGUGCCCAUUAAUGUUAUAUUUAUUAUUAUUUAAUAUUAAAAUAAUAUAAUGUUUUUAUUUGGAAACGAUUAAUAUUUAAUAUAAUUUAUGUUGAUUAAUUAUUAUUAUUGGAAAUUUAAUUAAAAUGUGUUGACCUAGAAAAUAUUUUAGAUUUCAUUUAUUCAAAUAUGUCGAAUAUUUAAUGAAGAGGACUAAUGCUUCAGCCAUCAAUGGAUCCUGUUUGUUGUGUUAUUGGUAUUAGCGAUGUAUCUGCUAAGUUAUGUCAAUCGUCAUGCAUAUCUCUUAUAAGGAUAUAAAAAAAUAUUAUUUUCUAUGAUUGAUUAUGCAUUUUUGUUAUUACUAUUGUCAUUUGAAUAUUAUGGUAAAUAAGCGUAUUUCGUAAUUUAAAAAGUUUCUCUUUUAUACUAUGUUAAUUAAUAUUUUAAUAUUAUUAGGAUAUUUCGUGACAGUGCCAUCAAUUACGAAUGAUCAAAGGAGUAUCUAACAAUAAUAAAAACUUACGAAAUGGAUAGUUCUGAAUAUGAGAUGGUCAGAAAUAUGACUCUCUUAUUCUUUUUUGAACGUUUAAUGGACAAAGGUGGACCACGGACAUUACACGAUUUAAGUUGUCAAUUUGGAGCUAAAGGAUUCACUAAAGAAAUGCGUCAAAUAGCAGGUGGAUCCCAGAGUGGCCUUAAGAAAUUUUUAUCUCAACAUCCAUCACUUUUCAUUAUAAACGGUGAUUACGUUUCCAUUAAUACAUUUCAAUCUGUACACGAAGAAGACAGUGGAUUUAAAUUAAGUGGAACACGUGAUUAUGCUCGAGAAGCAGUAGAAUAUUUUUCUAAUAAAUUGAUGCAAUACGGAGUAGGAACCGAGGUACCAAUAACUAGCCUACUUGGACAUCGAUCGCAGGCCUCUCCAGAAGUAAGACACAUUUCUGGUCAACGCUAUAAAGAAUUUAGAGAUUUUCUCUUGAAGUAUCCUGGUGCCUUUGUAGUUACGGACGAUAAUGUAAUGUUGAAACAAUACGAAGGAAUGAAAGUAAAAUUAUUCGUAGAAUUGGAACCCGAUACGCCUAUCGAUCCCGAAGUUACUGUAAAAUUAUUACAAUUUUUUGCCCAAUGCAUAGAAGAGAAGGGUCCAAUUUUUAUAGAUAUAUUGUUUAAUAUGGUUAAUGAAAAAUUUUGUCAUGGACAAAAUUGGACGUCUAUAUUUAAAACGGUUCGAGAUUUGUCUACGUUUAUAAAAAUGUUUCCCGACACCUUUCAUGUUCAAAGUAAUCUCGUAACAUUGAUAGAACGGGGAAAAUCUUCUACGUUAGAAACAGAGACGAAAACGAAACCUAUGCAAUUGACUCGAAAUCGUGGUAAUGUCGUAAAUCGAAUAAAUGCAGUACAACAAACAACAAGUUUAUCAAAUAAUACACAGACAUCCUCUCAGGCAGUAAACUCAGAAAGCGUUGUAUGUAACAACUCACCAAUUGAAAAUAAUACAUCGCAAACUGCAACUCCUACACCUGUUGAAACUAAUAAUAACUGUCCUUUAGUAAGUUUACAGCAACAAACGCUUAAACAAAGAAUAAAUACGCUUGUAAUGAAGACGUUAGCAGAUAAUACCGAUAAAGAUCGCAGUUUACAGAGUAUUCAAAAGGGUGACGCGUGGAAAUUAAAAGUAUUACAACAGACAAGGGUAAUUGUAAACCCAAAAGAAAGUUUACAGAUUAUAGAAGAUAUAAUAAAUCCUCGCAAACCUCGAGCUGAUAAUAAUGUUAUUUCGUUUGAUUGCGAAGGAAUAAAUUUGGGUGUUAAAGGACAAUUAACUCUAAUACAAAUUGGGACUAUGAGUGGUCAAGCUUAUGUCUUCGAUUUAUUUACAUGUCCUACCCUCGUACAGGCUGGCGGACUUCAAAAACUUUUAGAAACCGAUAAAGUUGUCAAGGUGAUACACGAUUGUAAAAAUGAUAGCGUUAAUUUAUAUAAUCAAUUUAACAUAACGCUAAAUAAUGUCUUUGACACGCAGACUGCACAUGCCGUAAUUCAAUUUCAAGAAACAGGAAAACCUGUGUACAAAGUAAAAAAUGUCAAUUUAAAUAUUUUAUGCGAUCAUUAUGGGGCACCAUGUAAUCCCUUGAAGGAACAAUUAAAAAAUAUUUAUCGUAAAGACCAAAGAUACUGGUCUCGUCGGCCUAUGACUAGAGAUAUGUUGAUUUAUGCUAGUAGCGAUGUUCUCAGUCUUGUACCACGGGUAUAUCUUUCUAUGACAAGAUUGAUCAAGCCGGAGUUUCAAAGCCUGUUUACAGAAUUAUGCGAAGAACAAAUACUGAUGCAUAUAAAACCGGCAGAAGUGAAGGCUCGUAAAAAGCAAAGAAAAGUAGAGACGGAAGUUGCAGAUUUAAAGAAAAGAAUGGAAGAGGCAACGUGUAAAAACAUUGUAUUAAGUAAUCGAGAAAUUCGUCUUCUUCGUUAUUUAGAUCUUACGGAGGAAGAAAAAGAGAAAUUAAAGGGUAAUUAUAAGGUUGCUAAGAAAUUGGAGAAAUUAGAGAAUAUGGGUCAAGAUAAAGGUGAUAGCAGCGACGAGGACGACGAAGAUAAAAUGGAAGAUACGGAAUAUCAUAGCAUGGACAGUUACACCUCGGAGAAUUCGCAUUCUGGUGGAAUAUUAUCACCAAGAAAUUCCGAGACUCCAAGUUUAACAGAAUCUAUGCAAAUGGUCGAUGAAAUCCUAUCGGAUGCUCGAAUGGAUAGGUUGGAAAAAAUAGAGAAAUUAGAAGCAAUACUUUCUGCUGUGACUACGUCUUCGAACGAUCAAUUAUCGUCGCCAAAUAGUACAGAGAUUUCCCCAAGACAAUGUGUGUGUAAAUGUCUAAACGAUAAAGUUGAUAGCCCAACGAAAGAAACUAAGAUAUUGGUUAAUGCUGCCUGCCAAACACUUAGUACAGGUGAUAUCGCAAUAACGAGAGUAUUUGUCACGGAGGAAGAAAAGGAACGAGUAAGAUUACAGAAUUCGCCAAAAAAAUAGAUAUUUAAGCUGUUUUUAAAUAGCAGCAAAGAUGUUGCCAUUAAUAGGUUCUUUUAUAAAUAUGUAAUGAAAACUGAGCAAUGAAAAAUUGAUCUAUUUUGCGAAUUUCAUAAUAUUAAAUGACGAUGAACGAGUCUCGGUCUCGUUGUAAAUACAUCGUUAGGCAUUUUUCCAAAUCUGAAAUAUUAUCGAUGUCAGAUUUUUCAUGGAAAAAUGUCUUUUUAUCAUAUCAUCGACAUGUGAUGAUUAAUCUACUUAAAAAGAUUACCUUUCUUUACAAAUGUAUAAGAAAGAAACAUAAUCAAACAAAGUAGCCGAUUUAAAUCAUCACUUAUCAUAGAAAUGAUGCGAUUUUAAUACGACAGGUUAAUUAAUCGCUUAUAUUGUAUAAAUCCGACCGUAUGGUAUUUAUCAAUAACUCUACUAACAUGUCAUAUAUUGCUCCUUUUAUGGGAAAUAUUUUACUGACAUGAGCGCGCACAGGAUAAAUCGUAGGCUGAAGGAAAGUAUUACUGAACGAAUUAUUCUUGAAUAUACGAAUAUCCUUUUUUCUUUUUUUUUUUUUUUUUUUUCCUUUUUUACUGUGCCUUCAGUUUCCUGUGUACACAAAUAACAGUUAUAUUGAUUGUUUUAACAUUUAAUAUAUAAUAUUUCCAAAAAAAAAAAAAAAAAAAAAAAUUAACUUAUACAAAAUUACAUGUAAUUUCAAAAGUAUAUACGCAAAAUAAGAGAUAAAAACGAUAAUUGUAUCCUUUAUCGUUUUCUUUCUUUUUUUUUUUUUUGUUUCUCUCUCUCUUUCUCUCCUAGUUAAAAAUUUAAUUCAGCUUGACGAGAUUCGCACUAGUCCAUUUCUUUAUAAACUCUUCAUUUUCUUUGUUUUUUUUUUGCUUUUCAAUAAUUAUUAAAACGUAUAUCGUUUGACUUUGUCCUAUUUUUCUCAGCCGUUUAAAGUGCCAAGAGAAUAAAGAAUGUGUUAAAUUAAACGAGCAUGAAUAAAAUUUCCCUUUGUGUUCAUUUCAAAAUAAACACGUUCAUCUCUUCAACAUUGUAAUCAUGAAAAAGAAGUAAUAAUGACUCAUAUUAGAUUCCAAAGGUUCAUAUAUAUAUAUAUAUAUAUAUAUAUAUAUAUAUAUAUAUAUAUAUAUAUAUAUUCAUUAAAUAGUAAAGGUGUUGCAACUAUUUUUUUUUUCUUUUUUUUAUUGGAAAAUUAUUAUUCUUUGUUUCUGGCCAAGAAUGAAACCAUUGUUAAAAUCAUUUGCGCUCAUCGGGUGAUGUCCUGGAAUACAUACUUUUGCGACAGAUAUCCAAUUAUCGUCUUUACAUUUUACAAUUAGAACUUUAUUUACCUUAUCAAAUGUCGCAACACCUGAAAAUUACCGAAAAGUUUUUUUUUUUUCUCUAACAUUAUCGUAACAAUAACAAAUUAAUAAUUAUUAUAUUCCUUUUCUCUCUC